AUGGACGCUCUAAGGUUGGCAAAUUCAGCUUUUGCUGUUGACUUCUUCAAACAACUAGCUGAAAAAGAGCCAGCAGGAAAUGUUCUCUUUUCUCCAAUAUGCCUCUCCACUUCUCUCUCGCUUGCUCAAGUAGGUGCCAAAGGCGACACAGCAAAUGAAAUUGCACAGGUCCUUCAUUUUGAGAAUGUCAAAGAUGUACCCUUUGGAUUCCAAACAGUCACUUCUGAUGUUAACAAGCUCAGUUCCUUUUACUCUUUGAAACUAAUCAAGCGACUCUACGUGGACAAAUCUCUGAACCCUUCUACAGAAUUUAUCAGUUCUAUAAAAAGACCAUAUGCAAAUGAAUUGGAAACUGUUGACUUCAAAGAUAAACUGGAAGAAACGAAAGGUCAAAUUAACAGCUCCAUUAAGGAGCUCACAGAUGGCCGCUUUGAGAACAUUUUAUCAGAGAACAAUAUAAGUGACCAGACGAAAAUCCUUGUUGUCAAUGCCGCCUACUUUGUUGGAAAGUGGAUGAAGAAAUUUCCUGAGUCAGAAACAAAAGAAUGUCCGUUCAGAGUCAACAAGACAGAUACCAGACCAGUACAAAUGAUGAAUCUCGAGGCUACAUUCUGUUUGGGCAACAUUGAUGACAUCAACUCUAAGAUCAUAGAGCUUCCUUUCCAGAACAAGCACCUCAGCAUGCUCAUCGUGCUCCCCAAGGAUGUGGAGGAUGAGUCCACGGGCCUGGAGAAGAUUGAAAAGCAACUCAAUCCUGACACCCUGUUGCAGUGGACCAAUCCCAGCACCAUGGCCAAUGCCAAAGUCAAGCUCUCGCUCCCGAAGUUCAAGGUGGAAAAGACCAUUGAUCCCAAGGCUAGUCUCGAAAGCCUUGGGCUAAAAAAUCUCUUCGAUGAAAACACAUCUGAUUUCUCUGGAAUGUCAGAGACCAAGGGAGUGUCCCUAUCAAAUGUGAUUCAUAGAGUGUGCCUAGAAAUAACUGAAGACGGUGGAGAGUCCAUCGAGGUGCCAGGAUCCCGAAUCUUACAGCACAAGGAUGAAUUCAAUGCUGACCACCCAUUUAUUUAUCUCAUUAGACACAACAAAACACGAAACAUCAUUUUCUUUGGCAAAUUCUGUUCUCCUUAA